CGGCCGCUGAACCCGCGCGCCGUACGGUUGGUACGCGUGCGUUUACCGCGCUCGACCGUCCGUCCGUCCAUCCGUUCGAACGUUCCUUCGUUCCGCGCACUGUUCGCUGUCUUUUGCUGUAUCGCCUCAUAUCGCCUUCUUCCGACUGCCGUUGCGAGCGAGUCCGACGCGUGCAAGUGAUAUCCGCACGGUUUUCCUCUGUUUCUUCCUCCGGAACUGCUUGCAGUGUCUACCCCCGACUAUCGUCGUCCAAACAGCGGUGUUCCAUCCGAGAGGAAAGCGACGGAGUCAACGACGGGUGCUACUUGACUUGGUGAGACUACGAGAUCUACCCUUUUGGAUUUUUCGGGAUUGUUUCUCAGACUGUGGUGGAUCGUCCUCGUACGCGGUCAACGCGAAUCCUUCCUGCACAUGAUCUCAUAUCAUCUAUAGGCACCGCGUUCAUUUGGUAACGACGAGGAUGUAGCCCAUGUGAGGGCUUUUCAACGAGAGCGAACCGCACGAAUUUCAAGUCAAGACGACGACGAUGAUGAUGCGCGCGAUACAGGGAGGAGGAAUUGACCGAGGGAAGAACAGGUCAGCGUAGAAGAAAGAAGGAGAGAGAGAGAGAGAGAGAGAGAGAGAUUCCUCUUUGCUUACUCGCGAGAGAACACGCCGGAUGUUAUCGCGAGACUGAUAAAAACACUGCCAGGAGUAAUGACGAGCUAGAUUGCCGCUUCGUCCACUGAACCGUUCCUUGGUCGAUCUUAGCUUUUGCUCCUCGCUAACUGCCCCCCUUCCUGCCAGUCCCUCUUCGUGUCAGUCCUGCCUUCAUCACGUAUACACGAACACGCUUAUAUUAAUACACACACACGCACACACACACACACACGUUCUCUCUCCCUCGAGAGAUCAAAGACUGAAAAUAAAAGGUGGCGACAUGUUGGGCGUGAGUCAGCCGGGCAACACGCCCUCGAGCUUGCGGCACUCGGCGAGCUUCUCGUGCUUGCAACGCGGCACCGCCGGCGAGGGUCAUCGCGCGAGGACCUCAACAUUGCUGCAACAGCCGAGUCUACAACUGAGCAACGGUCAUCAUCAGUACACGUCCAGCGGCCAGGCGGCGGCAGCUGCGGCUGCGGCGGCCGCGCAUUGCUCCCUCCUGCAGCAUCACCAGCAACAGUCCCGCGAACCGUUUGAUCCCGUCCUUCAGGACGGCAACGAUUACGGCUUCGUGCGGAUCCGACCACGGUUGCGCAGCACGAAUGCAACCUUGUAUCACGAGGAGGAGGUGGCGGCCGCGAAGAACGCCCUGAGGGAACAGCGCGACGCCGCUGCGUUUAGCGACCGAGAAUGCGAUUCGAAUUUCAGGGACUGCCCGUUGAAAGUCAAGGAUCACCGAGACCUCUCGCCGAAGGGAACGGCCGCCAAGAACCAGAAUCCAUUACGGGGCGCGUUAAUCCUUUUCACUUCGACAUCGUCCUGGUGGAAGGCCCGACAACGGGAGGAACAGCUAAAUGCAACUGCCGGUGCCACUGCCGCUAUCAGCGCACCGUCCUCGGAGCGGAAGUGGUCGGGUACUUCGAUGGCGUCGCCCUCGAACGAGAGAAAGUGGCCGUCCUCGAUGACGUCGCCUACGAACGAACGGAAGUGGUCCGUGGGUAACAGCCUGUUGACGUCACCGUCGAACGAGAGGAAGUGGAACAGAUCCUCGGUUUCAUCCACGUCGACGAACCAACAGGAUCGGAAAUGGCGAUCCCUUGGCGCACUUUUAAGGACUCCCGUCGGAGCAGCUAGCGGUAGCUCUCACGUCAGCCAGAAUUCCCUGUCUCAUAACAUGAGCGUGUCCAUGAUCGAGAGCGAUCACUUCCGCGAGGAAUCGCGAGGGUCGAGCUGUAAGACGCGCUACCAACAACCGACAUCCUACUCCGCACGAGUAUCCCGUGCCAGUAGAGACGUUUACCGGGAGAACGGAGAGUUUGGUCAAAUUGCUAGCAAGUCGAAGGUCAGCCGCAGGUUGUACCAAGAUAGCGAACCGACACUCGAGCUCGACGAGAGACACGCUACGCAGCGUAACCGACAUCAUCAGCUGGACGAUCCCGAGCAAUGCAGGGGCAUUAGAGAAGGACGCGAUCAUUGCAGAGCUGCGGAACAGAGCGCUGUGGAGACUCGCGGCCUCCCCACGACCUCCGCCGCGCGAUCGAGCCGCGCGCAAAGCUUUUAUCUUCUGGACGACUUCCUGCGGCCGCAGCCGCAGCAGCCGAGCAACAAGUGCAUGUUGAAUCUGUACAUGUCCCCGUCGCACGCCGUCAAAUGCGGCAACGAGCACGGCAGGUCGUGCGAGGUUAGGCAGGCGAGCUGCCAGCAGGCGAACGUCAGCCAUAUUAGCAGCAACAUUACGCCGCCGCGACGCCACAACUCGAGCUCGGACAGCCUCGAAGUGGCCACCAGUCCGCUGCCGCCGCCGGUGCCGCCGCCGCCGCCGCCGCCACAUCAGGCCGCCGGUAACGGUGCGCGGGACCGCGAACGGAAUGAGAACCCGAAGGAGCCGAGUAAGGACGUGUGCCCGUGCAAACUAUGCUGGACCAAUAUGCAGAGAUCUCUUGUGGAAGAGGUGAGUAGGCGAUCCAAAGAACAUGCGACAGAAAAGAAGGGAAGGAGUCCUGGAACGUUGCACAAGGAUGUCGGCGGUGCUGGUACGAAGGUCAGCGAGAAAACCGUCGGUGGCGUCGGUACGGCGACCCUCACCACGCUCUCCUCCAUUAAUAACGCAUCCAACGCCGGCCGUAAUAAAAACAACCCCGUAUCUCAUGAGAAACUGCCGUCUUUUUUCAACAGCAAGCCGACGCGAGUGGACAAGACGGACAACAAUAAUGCGAACAAUUCUAACAGCACGAGCAACAACAUCCACAAUAUGCCGCUGCAUGAACCCAUCAGCGCAACUUCCCCCGAAGUAUACGCUGGGAGACUGCCCAUGACGCCCCAGGAGGCGGUGAAGUAUUACGGCUCCAGACUGACGGAAUUCGAGCGUGCCGAGAUCGAGAAGUACUCGGAGAUUUGGUACCUGGGUUUGUCGGCCCACAAAAUCCACGGCGAGGAGGUCUCCUCCCAGAAUGGCGGUUACGACGAUGAAAACGGCAGUUACAACAAAGUCCUGCACGAUCAUAUCUCUUACAGAUACGAGAUCCUGGAGGUGAUCGGCAAGGGAAGUUUCGGUCAGGUGAUCCGAGCGUUGGAUCAUAAAACGGGACAGCAUAUCGCCAUCAAGAUUAUCAGAAACAAGAAGAGAUUCCAUCACCAGGCUCUCAUCGAAGUGAGAAUCUUGGAACAUCUCAGAAAGAAGGAUUUAGAGAUGAACUCGCAGCACAAUGUGAUACACAUGCUAGAAUAUUUUUACUUCAGGAAUCAUCUGUGCAUCAGUUUCGAACUAAUGAGCUUGAACUUGUACGAGCUAAUCAAAAAGAACAAUUAUCAAGGAUUCAGCCUGAGCCUGAUCCGUCGUUUCGCCAACUCUCUAAUUAGUUGCCUGAGACUGCUCUACCGAGAGAACAUCAUUCACUGCGACUUGAAACCGGAAAAUGUGCUGUUGAAACAACGGGGGAGCAGCUCGAUUAAAGUCAUCGAUUUCGGCUCGUCGUGUUACAGCCACCAACGCGUUUACACGUACAUACAGUCGAGGUUCUACAGGAGUCCGGAAGUGAUUCUCGGUCUUACCUACGGUCCACCGAUCGAUAUGUGGAGUCUGGGCUGUAUCUUAGCCGAGCUGUACACAGGGUAUCCGCUGUUUCCGGGCGAGGAUGAGAUAGAACAACUUGCCUGUAUAAUGGAGGUCCUCGGUCUGCCACCGGAGCACAUUAUCAAUCAUGCCUCUCGUCGCAGGCUCUUCUUCGAUCAGAAGGGAAGUCCGCGAUGCGUGACAAACAGCAAGGGCAAGAAGAGAUGGGCAGGUAGCAAGAAUCUCUCAAUGGCGCUUCGGUGCUCCGACAUGCUCUUCGUAAACUUCGUUAGCAGAUGCCUCGAGUGGGAUCCAAAGAAGCGUAUGACCCCCGACGAGGCGAUGCGUCACGAGUGGUUGACUUCGUCGUCGUCUUCGCACUUGAGCUCCUCUUCAUCGGCGAUAACUUCAUCGACAGUAAACGCGAGCGCGAAUACGACAACAACGAGCGUCGAGACGCCGCGGGAAUCCGCACACGCUCCACAGACAGUGAGCGUGACUGUGAGCGCACCGCGACAACGGGCAACGACGAUGGAGGAUCCACCGUACACGAUGUACCGAUUAUAUAAAGGUCGCAAGUAUGUACAGAAGGUCUCUACAGGUACCGACGGCACCGACAACGGUGGUGGCUUGAUGGUGAAGAGCAAGCUGAACGGUAGUGCGAGCAGUCACGCCCUGGCGAGCAGCACGCAGACAGCGACGUCGAGGCACGCAUCGACCGGCGACAUCGUUGCGAGCCUAGAUCCGAAUCUCGAUGACUCAGGCACGUUCCUGCCGCCGAUAUUGUGAAGUCGGGUUUGCGCCAGCCAUUUCUAAACGGGCUAUUCGCGUAUCGGCGCGAUCAGCAGACUCGCUCUUUUGCACUUUGAUGCGGGACGUACGUAGAUGCGUAUCACUUGACAUAUGUCAAGAGCGAGUAACAAUUAAUAAAAGACGCGUAUAGAACUGGCUGGCCGGUCCGACGUUCUCGAUGCCAAAACGGCUAAUUAAUUAAACGCAGAGUCGCUAGUCUCGGCAUGUAUCGAGCUAUGAGGCCAAAAUGACGAUCUGACGACGGGAGAAGAGCGCGUAGGCAUGACGAGCGAUAUAGCAAUCGCGUGAUCGAUUCGCACUCCCGGGGACUCUGGCGAUCUAAUAUCACUCAGGUAAUCGUAAACGAACUCGCGCGCGCGCGCGCGCGCAUUAUCGUAGUUAUUCGCGGAAAAUAUAGACCUGUUGCAUACGAUGAGAAUACUAGCAAUCGUUAGUGUAUACCAAUUACAUAUUUCGACACAUGGACCAUCGUACCUAUUUGGUCCGAAUGUUGUUUAUCUCACGCCUAUAUGAAGUUCACGAUUAACAGGUGAUGAAAUCUCGGCCGUAGGUAGUAAAAAAAAUUACAAUUGAAAUUAUAAUUGAAAGUUCGAAUAGAAUGCGUAGUUUGCCUUGCUGUCUGAGCUGUGAGGCAGACGAUUCAUCAUCGUCGACAUGUUGCAUUUUCGACGGUAAAAAAAAGCUCGCAUAUGUGAAUGCAAUCGGAAGAUAUGCCGUACAGUAGCAUCAUAUUUUAGAUAACUACGCGAGUGCAAGCGGCGCGAUAUCCGUAUCGUGGCAACGACGUACGAGAUAGAGAAGCGAGGAGCUUAAGUAAAGCACAUUAUGAUCAAACAACGAUUCGUCCGACAUUACGUGUAACGUCGGAGAUUACCAUCGAAUUACGGUCGCGCCGAGAAGACCUGAGUCGUUUGAGACCUGUGUCGUCAACACAGGGUCGCGCGAUUAAUAACGAAGCGUCAAGGCGAAUAGUAACAUUUAAUACAUGAAGCGUGCCCCAGUUUAACGAGGCCUGAGUAGUCUUAUUGUGAUAUUAAACUACCACUGUCUUACUUAGAUCUCUCUGAUAUUAAGAAGUAACGAUCGCUAAUAUAAUAAUUUCAAUUUACUAUUAAUCAUUAUUUUCUUAUUAUCUGUAAUAAUCGCUAUAUCGCUACUAUUACCGCAAAGAUAUAGCGGCAUAUAAGUAACGAAGAUUAUCAUCGAUAUAAUGACAGAGUUAACACUACUUAUAUACGUAGGAUGUACAGAUUUUAAUUACACGUUUUUGAAGUCCCGAAACAGCAGCAACAUGCUGGUUCGCUUACUAUGGAAUACGUAAAAAAAAAGAAAAAAAAGAAAAAAAAAAAAGAAACAGUCCGAUAAUUUUCGGACAUUUUCAAUGAAUUUUUAGUGAUUCCUUAUUAUACCCGCUCUUCUAUUCAUCAUUAAUUGUCUGCGCGCGACGUAACGCAUGCUUUAUUACGUCGAAAUUGAUUAAUUUUGAUUAACACCCCGUGAGAUUCCUCUCCGCCUUCAAGGUACUAUCUAUUUACAUAUUGUUCAUAAUUUCCUGGCAUUAAUUAAAGCGAUUUAUAUAAUUUUGACGCGCCCUUUCGGAACCAUCACGAGCAUUUCGCGAUAUGCAGAGGAUUUGACAAAAAAAAACAAACCUAUUGUAUAGUAUUAUAAUGUUAGGCUACUUUUAGACUUGGUAAUUGUUCGAUGUGCCCGUACCCAUUCUAAAGUUUCGCAAGACACGAGCUGGUAAUAAUUAUAUCAUUAUGACGUUAGAAAUGUGAGACGCGUCACGCUCCACCGUUUGCUGCUUUCGAGCUUCCACCACGGAACAUUAUAUCUUCCGUUUUUGCAUGCUUCUCUAAUUCUCAAAGGUCCUAUUAUACGUACGAAACCAUCGGAGGCCCUACUAAAACUGUAAUCUGUGUUUCAUUGUCGCGGCCGAAAAUUGCAGAUAUGUGAGAAUACUCUCGCAAAUUAUGAAUCGCGUCACAAGAGACUGAAAUGAAUCAUUAUUUUAUAUUGCUAACGGAAACAUGGCGAAAUUGUUCCUAAUGUUCGUUCUGCAAAUCGAUAUGUCGCCUCACUUUUAUUACACUUUUAGCGAACUUGUCGAAUUCUUUUGUGAAGCAUACACUGUUUAAUUUUUGCGGAAAGUUAUCUCGAACGUCUCACGAUAAUCGAAACGAAUAAUAAACUUGCCGUCACACAAACGGUCUCACUUUAGCCCAAGAAUUUUUAGGACAAUUAAUAUCGUACCAAUCGUAGUAGUAUCGCGCGACAUAAUCGGUGAAUGGCCAAUAAACGCGAGCGGAUGUAUAUUAUAAUAUUAAGAAUUACAUAUAUAAAUAUAUUAUUCGUAUGCGGCUAAUCUGCCCGAACGAACGACUGACGAAGUAGCGCAUAUUAUAUGAUAUAUGAUACACGAUUCUUACAACUUGUGGCGGGUUCGUAGCAGUCACUCUCGAGUAAUCAACGUCAACGUAAUGACAAUUAUCACGAAGUGAUCUUGGGUAAGCAUUUCGUUCGAUUGCUCCAAACGAUAAAAAGAAAAGAGGAGAAAAAGAAAAUUUGACGAAGAUGAUGUCUAUGAGGCGACGAUUUCUAGGGAACGAGAGAGAUAUAUCAAAUUCUGUAUAAAAUAAAGACGUGACUGCGUAUGUACGUGUAUGUGCGUGUAUGCAAAAGAGUGAGAAAGAGAAAGUGUGGCGUAUGAUUAUGUGCACACAUAUAUCUAUUGCAUAAAUAUAUAAUACCAUUAUACACAUGAGCUGCGAUAAUGCGCAAGGGCAAAAACGAGUUAAGUCUAGGAUACGAGGAUAGAGGACAAUUAGAAGAAGUGCGUUCACAAAGAACACGCGCGACUACGGAAUCCCUGCCCCGCCACCUCUUAAA